GAUCCCUUAAUAGAGUCGCGCGUGUAUGUCUGUCAACAUUGAGAAAAAAAUCAGUUUCUUUCAUUCUGUUUACAAACAACAUCUAAAUCCGAACAAACUAAAAAAAAUUAAAAGACGGAUUUUAGUAGUUCUGGUCGUUUAAAGAAAAAAAAUAAUUACUUUACGCUUUAAAUUAUGGAAGCCUUUGUAAUUUCAAUAAAACCCACUUUGGAGACAUUUUUUAAAAAUCCUACUAAAGAAAAUGCAGUUGGAUUAAGAAAGACUCUUGAAAAGGCUGAUGCAAGUCAAAUAAUUAUUUUGGAAAAUUACAUAUUAGCACCUCUAAUUGUAAAAUUAGAUAAAUUACCGGAAGAGAAAUCGGCUGAGUUGAAAUGCGAAAUUAUAAAAUGUAUAAGACACAUCAUUAGCAAAUCGAGAAUAAAAAAUAAUAACCAAUUAAAAACAAUUUUAAUUAUUAUAUUAAAGCAAAUAUAUAAUUUUGAAACUGGGAUGUUGUAUAAGAAUCUCUCAGAAGAAAUAAAGUUGUCAGCUGUUUCCUGUAUAACCGAAUCAUUUAAAUAUACUAACUCCGAAAUAUUGGAAAGUUUUUAUUCGCGAGAAAACUCCAAUGUGAUUGGAAAAAUAGCAGCCGUGUGUGUCGGUAUAAUACAAAAUGAUAGAUACAAAGCCUUAAGAAUUUCCGCUAUUAUAUGUCUACAAAGUUUAUUUUAUGUUCAUAAUGAAGCUGAUUUCAACGACAUUGUAUUACGGGAUCAAGUAGCCAAUGCAACUUUUUAUUUUUUACCAAAAAUUAUUGCAGUUCUGGCUGAGAUCGCUCUUAAUGAUGAAAUAAUUGGUGAAAAUUUAAUAACACUAUCAACUCAAACUCUUGGAAGAAUAUUGCAUAUAAUAUAUGAAGACAAAUUGAAUUGCGAAAGCAUAAAAUAUUCGACAAAUGACUUCAUUGAAUUGAUUUCCGAAAAUUUAAAAGAUACAAAACUGCAAGAAGACGCAUGUGUGUUUUUGAAUAAUAACAUUAAACAUAAGUCUUUGGACGAAAAAGUAAAAAUAAUCCAGGAUAUGAAUAGGAACAAAAAAUGGUUUGAAGCAACAUCAAAAAAACUAAAACCCAUUUUUUCAAAUCUACAAAUAUUGCAAUCAAGCAGUAAUCAUAAAUUGAGAAAGGAAUACUUGAUAUUGGCCACAACAUUGUUAAAGAAUUGUAAAAAUAAUUUGAAAGAAAAUAAUUCAAUUUUAUUAGAAUCUGUAAUCGCCUUGUCACAAGAUGAGGAGCGUGAUAUUAGAAUAAGCUCUGAGGAAGUUUUGGAAAACAUCAAAACUAAUUGGAACGUCAUGGUUAAGUGGGAUGUACUAUUUAAUGAACAUAUGACCAAAUUACCUAGAAUAAUUAACCGAAAUGUUGAAUCAGAACAAAUUUCCGAAUUUCUCUUUUUGAAAGGUUUUUUUAAAUACAUCCCACAUGAUAAUAUUUUGGCUAUUUUCAGUAUAACUAGCAAUUUAGAAAAGUUUGUCGAUAACUUAAUUGAAGCGUUUACUUUGGAAUUUUCAAAUAAUUUACUUCACGAAGAAUAUUGUAUUAACUCUGCCCAUACAUAUUUAGAGCAGGAAAAUUUUAUAUUUGAAUGGAUGAAUUUUAAAAAUAUUUCUUCAUCAAAAGCUAGAAGUUUGCUUAAAAAUGUGUGUCAGUAUGUUGGAAUGUCUCCAGUAAAUUUUAUUAUUUACAACCACUUAAUGGAAGUUCUAAAUCUAAACCCAGAUAUGUCCAACGAAAUACUUUUGUUUUUAACAUUCAUGUUAUCAAAAGAAAAUUUUAAUGAAAAUCAAAAUAAAAUCAUUGAUUUACUUUUAACAGAAUUAAGCGAGGAAACUCACUGGCACUUAUCUCUACAUCCGGAUCAAAACGUAAAUAAGGACUUUGGAAGUUAUUGCAACUGGUAUGUAGAUCGUACUCCAGGUUUAUACGAAUCAGCGUAUGAAGUUCGUACAAUUGGUAUUGAUUAUAAUAACGAUGAAGAAAUUAAUAUUUCUAAAAAUAUUGUAAGCAAAACUGAUGCACAGUUCAAUGUCUUGUAUACCUGUGUGAUGUUAAAUGCAGUCGGUAAAUGUGCGUUAAUAAUGGAAAAAAAUUUUGAAAAAUAUAUUUUCAAAAUUUUACAUCGGGUAUUGCUAUUGACAAACAAUACAAAUGCAAUGGUUCGCCAAACUGGUUUAUUUGCUCUUAUAAGUAUAAAACAAGCAUUAAAAUUCAAUGAUAUUGCAGAAAUGGUUCAAAACUGCACAGACUACCUUUCCUUUCAUAUAAAUAGCUUACUGAAAAAAAAAGAUUUCAACGUUUUAGGUAUCGAAACGCUAGCCGCAGUUUUACAAUACAAUUCUUUAGAAACAUUUACCUAUUUGGAGAACAUUUUACAAACAUUGUUAGAUGAGUUGUCGUGUUCAAAUGAUUCUACGUGUAUAACUGCAUAUUUAAAAGUUUUUAACAUAUUUUUUACGAAUACAAAAAAUUGGAUAAGUUCUGUCAACCACAAUUUUAAUACAGAAAUAGACAAAACUGCAAUCGAAGAUUUUGAAGAUGAUUUAUUAUUAAUUUUGAAAAAUGUUUUAAAUAACUCUAGUGAAAUUGAAACAGAAUUUCAUAAGGAGGAAAAUAAUAUUGAAAAUAAACCUCAAGAUGAAGAAGAUUUACAAAAGGAAAAUAAAAAGCCCAUUUUGCCAAAGCAUAUAGUUAGUGUUAGAGAUAUUCUUAAAGAAGUUUUAAAGUUUUUUACGUCUAAAGAACAAAUUAACAAAAUUAUAUCACUAGAGUGUAUGAUAUCUGGGUUGCCAAUAUUAAAAGAUUAUGAAGAUGAAGUCCUGCCUCUAAUUCAUUUGUUAUGGUAUCCAUAUUCCGAACGAUUCAAGGAUAAUGAUCCAGUUGUACUAAGUCGUUGUUUUGAUUUGCUAAAAAUUUUAGUCGAUUGUUCUAAAAAUUUUUUGCAAAAAAGAAUGUUGAAAGAUGUUUUCCCAUUUUUAAAUAAUUUUUUGAAAGAGUCGUUGAAGAAUAGUCUCAAAAACAAAAAUAUGACAUCCACACAAGAAUUUAAGUUGCAAAUAAAACUACUGCAAACGUAUGCUGAAAUUUUUAUAAAUAUAGAUGCAUCACAAGAGUACUUCGAGGAAACAACUGAUAUAAUUCUUCUGUACUUGAAUGUAAAUCAACCGCAAGUAUUACAGGAAUCUGCGGUUUUAUAUUUCAUUGACAUUUCGAAAUAUAACAAACCGCUUACAUAUGUAAAAUUAUUUUACUACAAAAGUAAAGCAGAUUUUAAAAAUAAUAUUGAUAAAAUUUUUAAUAAAAUAAAUAUUUUUUGAAUUU